GCUUUGAUGAAGGUUCUCAAAGGUCGGAGAGGACGAGGUGCCCAAAGCCCUCAGACACAUGGUGUGAACUGUGGGGUUGUCGUAUGCAGGUACAGGAGUUGGUCACGAUGAUCCUUGUGGGUCCCUUCCAACUCAGGACAUUCUAUGCAGGACCCCGGGAGCCUCCCGCGGGCUCUCCCGCCAGCCGGGCGUUCUCGGUCACGCCGGGCUGGGCCAGGGGGGGCGGCGGGGGGCGCCGUACCCGGCAGCGGGAGCGGCAGCGGGGCCGCCCCGGCGCCCAUUGGCUCGGCAGCGGCCCGGGCUCGGCGCGGCUCCAUAAAGGCGGCUCCGGUCCGCCCGCCCGUCCGUCUGUCCGCUCGCUGCCGCCCCGCCAUGCCCCCGCCCGCCCUGCCCUGGCUGCUCGCCGCAUGCUGCCUCUGCGCCCUCCCGCGGGGCUCAGGGUUCCCUCAGCCUUACUCGCGCUCCAGGGACGGCGUGGACCUGCCCAAAAGCCAGCAACUGGCGCUGUGUUUCAGUCAGUGGAUGGAACUAUCUAAUCAACCCCAGAUCUCCAGCACUGUUUUGGAUCUUUGUUAUUCCAUAUUCAACAGCAUGCGUACAAAUGAGGGAUCACAGAUUGCUACUGCAAAGUUUACAAAGAAGGAUAGAAAAGGGACUCUGGGACGGCCUUUCUUCCUUUUCAGGCCUCGAAAUGGAAGAACUAUUGAAAAUGGUGGUAAGUAGGCAUCCAAAAGCGGCAAGAAUUUGUUUUAUUUUUUUCAAUAAUGAUGAUCCUCAUAACAGAAGGAGUUACUGAGAAGUAUUGCAAACAUAACACAAACCUAAAUACCUACUUGGAUGUUUCAUAUGGUCAUUGGGAGGUGUCUGGGCAGAAAUGCUUUUCUUCAGUCUGAGAGACCUGCUUCGUACUUUUUUGAUGAAACGAUUGUUUUCUUCCCUCUUUAAGGUUCAGUAAGGAGGAGCUUUCAUCCUCUGCAAAAUGAUAGAAAUGGUACAGAAAUGACAAAGUUUAAAAACAGAGGGUGUAAGUUGCACUUGGAACACAAAAGCUAGCCUGCUUCUUCACAUGAACUCCUCUCUCCUCUGAGAGACCUUCAGUCACCUAAUGUCACGUAAAAGCCCACUAAAACAGAUCUCUGCAUGCAGGUGGGAGUCACUCUUACAUUAGAACUAGGGACCUCACUUGAGGUAAGCAUUAAGCAGGAAGAGCAGGGGUGGAGAUGUAAGGAUGCAAGACAGUGAAAUCUAAUAACAUCACCUAGCACUUAUCCAUCUUUGAAAGUGUCUAUUAAAGAUCUUAGUGAGCUUCAGUGGGAAAUGGACAAGACAGUAAAUGUACGUGUGCCCUCCUUUUUCCAAUCUUCUACCUCAAAAUAAAAGGUCACCAUUUUGUGUUUGCGAUAUAAGAAUUAUUCCCACCUGUUCUCUGGAAGGGUUGUGUUUUAUUUGACUUAUUUUGUUUUGUUCUGGAACAGGCCAGGAAGAUAGGAAAGGAAAACUGCAAAGAAAACACACACAAAGAAUACCUUUGUUGUACUUUGUAUAUUCAGGAUCAAACAAUUUUGGGAAGAAAGGAACCAAAGACUUGGAAGAGUGUUGCAGGGCAGCAUCACUGCUCUGGGAAUACAUUGUUUGUCAUGGA